AUUGAUAGUAUUAGACCACUUGCUCUCUAAUCGCGUGUUUUACACGAAUGAGUAUCGAGAUCGCAUCAUCAUCAUCAUUCCUUCAAGGGUUCCUCCACCUUGAUCCAAACCAAACCAUUUCUGCAAACUCUUCAACUCUUUCUUCUACUCACCCAUAGACACUGCAUACAUCCAAAUCAAUCUUCAUCCCAAUCCUUUUCACCACUUCUCAACUAUUCAGAUCCGUUGCUGAAGUGGUUGAUUUCACUUUCUCGCUUUUUAUGGUUUUUUCCUUUCUAUCUUCAGAGAUGCGUAACUAUGGGGUUUUAAUCUCUUUUCCAGAUCUCGUUGUGAUUCUCAUGUGACAUGGAUUUUGGAACGAAAUUCGAUACAGCCAUUUUGAAAAAUCGGUGGUUGAAUCUAUUUGACGGAACUUGAUUAGUGUAUAUUUAGCGAGAAGAAAACGUUUUUCUGUUUGAAUUUGGACUUAUUGUUUUUUGUUAAGAAGGCCUGGAGGGUUUGGAAAUCAUGUUCUGGAGGGAACGUGAGAGGGAGAAUAAAGAACACAACGGUGGGGUGCUUUGUGGACAAGUCAGAGUGCUCGUUGUUGGUGACUCAGGUGUUGGGAAGUCUUCUUUAGUUCACCUUAUUGUUAAAGGUUCUCCUGUUGCUCGUCCUUCUCAGACAAUUGGUUGUACAGUAGACGUGAAGCAUACUACUUAUGGAAAUUCUGGCAGCUCUUCAAGUAGCCUCAAAGGUGAUUCUGAAAGAGAUUUCUUUGUUGAACUGUGGGAUGUCUCAGGACAUGAACGUUACAAAGAUUGCCGAUCUCUGUUUUAUUCACAGAUUAAUGGUGUAAUUUUUGUUCAUGAUCUUUCACAGAGAAGAACAAAGACUAGCUUGCAGAAGUGGGCAGCUGAGAUUGCUGCAACUGGGACAUUUUCAGCUCCUUUGGGAUCUGGUGGCCCUGGUGGUCUUCCUGUUCCGUAUAUUGUUAUUGGUAACAAAGCUGAUAUUGUUGCAAAAGAGGGUACAAGAGGAAGCAGUGGGAAUCUUGUUGAUGUUGCACGCCAGUGGGUCGAGAAGCAGGGUUUGCUUCCAUCCAGUGAGGAGCUUCCAUUGACCGAGAGUUUUCCGAGUGGUGGAGGUCUUAUUGCAGCAGCAAAAGAUGCUAGGUAUGAUAAGGAGGCUUUGAUUAAAUUUUUCCGCAUGUUGAUUAGGAGAAGAUACUUCUCAGAUGAAAUACCUGCACCUGCAUGGUCCAUUCCUUCACCUCAAAGAUCUUCUCAGCGGAUAGAUGAAAGUUUUAUCGAAGAAGAUCAGUCUUAUAUUACAAGUCGAGCCAGUGAUCCAUACAAGUACAACACGCUUCCCCCACUUCCGGCUCAACGCAAUUUAACUCCACCACCCACACUCUAUCCUCAACAGCCAGUUUCAGUCUCUGAAGGCUACAGUUACCCUAGGUUUUCUUUGUCUGGUUCCUCAGAACUGAGUUCUUCAAGUAGAACAAAGCGAUCAGACAUUAAUGUUUGAAGAUCUUUCUUUGUAUUUGGUAAUUAGUCACUGCUAUUACACUGAUGUAUUAUUGAAUGGAACAAAGUUAUAUGUUUGUUUUGACUGUUUGUUCCAAUUGUAAACUGUCCACUGAUUCAUUCAUUUUUUAGAGGCUUUCUCAGUGGGAGAAGGGGAGCUACUUGUUCAAACUAUGGAGAGAAUUUAUAUGAUAUAUAUAGUCGAUUCUUUAAUAGUA